AUGGCUUGGCGUAGCUCGGGGGCAUCCAACAGGGACCUGGUCGAGAAUCUCUGGCGCAAUAGCCUCAUCACCCACCCGCAGGUCAAAGAAGCUUUCUUGAAGGUCGACCGCGCACACUAUGCACCCUCGUUCCCCUACGAGGACUCCCCGCAGCCCAUCGGCCACGCCGCCACCAUCUCGGCCCCGCAUAUGCACGCCGCGGCCGUCGAGGAGCUGCUGCCCUACCUCACGCCCUCCGACACCAACCCGGCGCCGCGCGCUCUGGAUAUCGGCUCCGGAUCGGGCUAUCUGACGCACGUCAUGGCCGAGCUGGUCGGCCCGCAGGGGACUGUCAUCGGGGUCGAGCAUAUUAAACCGCUGCGGGAUCUGGGCGAGCAGAAUAUGGCCAAGUCGGCGGGCGGUAAAGAGUUUCUGGAGAGUGGGCGGGUGAGGUUCAGGGUUGGGGAUGGGAGGAAGGGGUGGGUGGAGGAGGGGGAGGAGGAGAAGAAGUGGGAUGCGAUUCAUGUCGGGGCGGCGGCGGCAGAGGUGCAUGGUCCGCUGCUGGAGCAGUUGAAUGCGCCCGGGAGGAUGUUCAUCCCCGUUGAUGAUGACCAGGGAGGGUGGAGUCAGCAUAUUUGGUGUGUGGAUAAGGAUGAGAAGGGGGCGGUGACGAGGAGGAAGAUGUUUGGGGUGAGGUAUGUGCCGCUGACAGAUGCGCCGAAGGUCUAA